GUUUGCCAGUAACUCGACUCCACUCCGACACGACACUGCUGCCUGCUGGCUGUGUAUCUCGCGCGAGCCAGAUACGCACGGGAUUUUUAUAUAAUACAAAUAUUUCAAUUGUACUGGCCGAAAGAAAAGCAAAAAUUUGUUCGAUCCAGAAACGGGCGCAACUGGUGGAGAAAAAUUCUGUUUCCGGAUCGUGGAAUUCGUAGAAGUUGAAAUCCUGCGCCGCGCGUGAGAAUCCGAUCGUUUGCAAAUUAAGGCAAAGUGUGACGUAAACGGAAACUGAACUCUCGUUCCGAGACGAAAUCGUAACGCAAAGAUACGAAAACAUUUGGAGGCUUAGCCAAAUGAUUCGAAAAACGAAACCAACGAUCCACUACUAAAAAAAACAAACAGAAACUAAAUCCAAAGAUGGCAGACCACGAUCAAAAGAAUAUGAAAAUGCAAGAGGCCUACAUUUCUCCAGGAAUUUCACGUGAGCGAAGUUUUAUCCGAACUUCCAACCAGCAGGUAAUGGACAUGAAUGCCAACAAACGACGCAGCCUGGCCUUUACCCAGAGUCAGGCGAUGCAACAUGCCCAACAACAACAGAUGCGUGGUAAGCCACCGAUGGAAAUCUAUCGUCCUCCAAAUGUUCGCAUGGAUGGACACCCCAACAAGCUCAACGUGCAUGCCCAGGAAUUUCAGAUGAACAACCUUCAGGACGGUCGAAUCCCGCUGCAGAACUCCAGAUCUCUCAACAUUUACAGCAGCUCCUUGCAGCACUCGAAAUCGAACGCCCACAUGCCGUUGAGCAUGCAUCCUCGAGCACAAAUGCAACUGGGCAACAUCGGCAGUCCUCAACGGGGACCGAUCAUGAUGUCUACCCAUCCGAUGCAGCACGUAGGAGUUCAGCUCCAAGCUUCCCAUAUGCCAUUGGUCAACUCACCGUCCAGCGGAAAUAUUCUGCACUCUGGACCACGCGUAAAGUUCGCACCGGACCCGGUGGUUCACCCGGCACCACACACAAACAGCAACUUCCAGGCAGCUCAGAACAACACCUCCAACAGUGGCCUACCUUCACCGUCUAUCAUGUUUCAACCGGGCAGCAGCAGUCCGAUGAGCCUGGCACCCUUACAACGCUCAAAAUCACUGUCCUCGGCUGAUACGCUGACACGGGGACUGGCCGGCUUGGGACUAGCUGUGGGACCGGAAGCGAACGACAUCGGACAGUUUUCGCCGGAGAUUCAAGCCAUUCUCAGCAAGGCGAUCGAAGAUCCGAACCAGCUGAAUGCCCGCUGCCUCAUGGAACUGGCAAUGCAGCUGAUGCAACGGGCAGUUGAUGGACGAAGAUAUGCCCUUCCAAUUUCACGAUUGUGCAUUUCGAUUAUUGCCAAAGAGCAAAAGGAGACCUUCCUGGAAGCCCUGCUGAACACGUGUCGCCAAUGGUACCAAGAGCGUGAUAAAGUCCUGGGCCCACCGAUGAACAUCAAAAACCCAUCACGGCCCCGCUUCACGGCAUUUAUGGCUUUCUUAACUGAAAUGUUCUGCCAACUGAAGCGCCGCCAGUUGCAACUCCGGACGGAAUGCGACGGCGUUCCACCUCCCAUCGUACUGCUAACCGUUCUGGGCAAAUGCUGCGAAGAUUGUGUCAAACCGCCUGUUCGAUCACUCUCGGAGAUCGAAUGUCUCUUUUUCGUGCUGACCUGCAUUGGGCGGGACCUGGAGACGCACCUGCCGCAACAGCUGGAAACCCUUCUGACCGGAGUGCGUGAUGCUUUCCUGAACUCGUCGGCUUCGGCUCCGGCCAUACGCCGGACAUUGCUACAGUUGAUCGAACUGCAGGCGUCCAGAUGGCAACUACCGGGCAAUACCGUGCUCUACUAUUAUCCAUCGUCCAAAUAGAUGCACGCACAUGAAUGGACCGGCUCACGGAUGGAUUGAUGGACUGCCAGUCUGGUUGGUUUUCGCAUGUGAAGUUUCCUACCAAAAUUUAUUGAAUCUACUAGCCGUCACCUACCUUCGACGCAGGUGUUGGAGAAUGGAGAAAACGUCGAACCAAACGAACAAAAAAAAACUAAAUCGAACAGUAGAGAAAGAGAACGAAACACACUGGAAGUGAAGCUACAAAACAAAUUAAAAACGACUCGAUCAGACUACAUUCCAUCAAAACACUAACAUUUUGAAGGCAAAGGAGAAAGUUAGUAAACUGUCUUUUUAUUAAUAUUUUUUUAAACAGAAUGCAACAAUAUGGUCAAGAACUAGCCUUAGGAUUCACUGAUCUUUAACGAACCUUUGAAAUUAAUUUUCACUACUCAAAACGAAAUUCAAUCCUGUUGUGUUAAAACGAAACGAUUUUAGAACUUAGAUGUUUAACCAAAUGAUAUAAAAAUGGAUGUAAUCUCUAAAAAAAAAAUAACGAAAUGUAAAUGAACUAGUCAUUUCUGUAUUAUAUUGUCUGGAGCACAAAAAUAUGGAAUCUGUUACAUACUGUUUAGAUAGAACAUAUAAAAUAUAAACAAAACUCAUAAAACAACAAACAAACAAUGACUGACUAACAUCCUCGUGUUGCAUCACUAUUAUAAUUUCAUUACGUAUAUCAACCAACGCACUGCGAAAGCUUUAUUUAUGUACCCCAUGGUAGCGUACAAAUGCACCAGUAUAUGGCAUGCCCAUAACGCAUCGGCUAUCCCUUAAGGGCUCGAUGAUGUUAAGAAAAUAGGCCCCUUUGGUUGUUAACUUAUUUAACUUAUAUUCAGAUGCAUGGUUGUUCAGUAAAUUGAUCGGGAGAGGGGAUGAACCAUACAAUGAUGAUGACAAUGGAAAGAUGGGCAAAACUGAACGAUGUAGGUUUUUUUUAUUGCAUCGCGCAGAACAGUGAAAGAUUAAUUUCGUAAUUGUGUGGGAAACGUUUGCUGUGAAGCUGAAAGAAACUAUGCGCUGUCGUGAAGUUAAAAAGAUACGUUACAUUAUAUGGAACAUGGUACUGCAUGUUGUGUUUUAUAAGCCCUGGAAUGAUUAAUUGCAGCAAAUGAUGUAUUUUAAGUGCCGUUUGUGCAACUUUGUGUCAUAAUGAGAUUUUUUUUCUAGGAAAUAAAUCAUUGGUUCCAUGAUCUACUAUGA